GUCGCAGGGAGCGGAGCCCCUGGCGGAGCGGGAUAAAUCGCUACAGACCAUUGGCAGCGCAGGUCCUCCUCCGGCGGGGAGAGGCUGUGGGCGCUGCUCUGGAUACAAAGCAGCCACGCUCUGGCUCCUUCCUCCUGCAUCCCGCUGGCCUCCUCCUCCUCUUCCUCCUCCUCCUCCUCCUCCUCCCUGCUCGCUCGCUCCCUCCCUCCGUCCCUUUCUCUCCCGAACGCCACGCCGCAGAAGGCAGCGCUGCGAGCCGGGGCUGCACGCAGGCGAGGCAGGAGCGCGGAGCUCUCCGAGGAUGCUCCUGUGCGAGUGGAACGCAGGCGGGGAUGCCAUGAAGCAGCGCCGUGGCUGCUGCCUGGAUUAAGAAAGAAAACGGUUUUUUUUAAAAAUAAAACAAAACCAAACCAACAAAAAACCACCACCACAGAGCCGGACGCAACAAACGAGGAGAAAAGGGAGGAGAGAAGGAGGCGGAGGUUGCUGGGGGAGCCCGCUCGGAUGGGCGAAGAGCCGCUCUGAAUCGUGCCUCUGUUCCCAGGGAUUAAAGCAUGAAUGGGAGCAGCUUCCCGGCCGCGAUGGAGAGAGACGGCGGCCCCGGCCGUGGCAAUAAGGUUUCCUUCCACAUGAGUCCCUGAGGUUCCUGCUGGCAGCCCAAGCAGUGCCCUGCAGAAGUGCCCUCCUGCUCCCGGGCUCAGCAGCUGAGGCCCCUCCAAACCUGCUUCUGCAAUGGGCUUGGACUCCAAGGAAUACUGCCUGUCGGACCGGGACAUAGUGGAGGUGGUGAGGACAGAGUACGUUUACACGCGCCCGCCCCCGUGGUCGGACACGCUGCCCACCAUCCACGUGGUCACCCCCACUUACAGCCGGCCGGUGCAGAAGGCAGAGCUGACCAGGCUGGCCAACACCCUCCUGCACGUGCCCAACCUGCACUGGAUCCUGGUGGAGGACUCGCAGCGCCGCACGCCGCUCAUCACCCGCCUGCUGCGGGACACGGGCCUCAACUACACGCACCUCAACGUGGAGACGCCGCGCAACUACAAACUGCGAGGGGACAUGAGGGACCCCCGCAUCCCCCGCGGCACCAUGCAGAGGAACCUGGCCCUCAGGUGGCUCAGAGAGACCUUUAACAAGAACAACAGCCAGCCCGGGAUUGUUUACUUUGCUGAUGAUGAUAACACCUACAGCCUGGAGCUCUUCGAGGAGAUGCGCAGCACCAGGAAGGUGUCGGUGUGGCCCGUGGCCUUCGUGGGCGGCCUGCGGUACGAGUCUCCCAAGGUGAACGCGGCGGGGAAGGUGUACGGCUGGAAGACCGUGUUCGACCCGCACCGCCCCUUCGCCAUCGACAUGGCCGGCUUCGCCGUCAACCUGCGCCUCAUCCUGCAGCGCUCCCAGGCCUACUUCAAACUGCGCGGCGUCAAGGGCGGCUACCAGGAGAGCAGCCUGCUCCGCGAGCUGGUCACCCUCAGCGACCUCGAGCCCAAGGCUGCCAACUGCACUAAGAUUUUAGUCUGGCACACAAGGACAGAGAAGCCUGUGCUGGUGAACGAGGGCAAGAAAGGAUUCACAGAUCCCAAUGUGGAAAUCUGACAGCGCAUGGCUGAACGGAGACCAACACCAGCCUGCAAGGUUCCUCUGCACAGCACCCACGCAGCCAGGCGGGCGCCGGGACCUCUGCCGACCCCCACGAGUUUUAGCCUCCUGACAAACCAAGCCACACCGCAAACACGACCUGCCCGGGCCCCCUGCCCUUCCUCCCGGACUCGGAGCACGAGCAGAGGUGGAGAAUAAAGCACAGGACUCCGGCUGGGAUGUGGCUGCACCGAGCAGGGGCUGUGUGCCAGCCCUGGGUGAGGGUGAGAGCCACGGCAGUGCCCCAGGGACUGGUUCUGCUGAGGACAGAACCCCGUGGCGUGUGUGGGACAGCCUGAGCAGCUCUGUGGCCGUGGAGGGGACAGCUGCCUUCCGAGAUGGCACCUUAGCCCUUAAUCUGAAACCUGCUUUAAUCGGUGUUUGUUACGCUGCACAAGACAGGAAGGGUUUGGGGAAGGGCAAAGCAAGGCAGGUUAGGACAAACCCUUGAAGCAUCGCUGUUCUCUGAUUUCCCUCCCCUUUUCCUGCCUCAGUUUCACAGUUUGGGGGCACCCUGAUGUUCCUCUGUGGUCAUGGAAGGGUUGGAAGGGACUUUAAAUGUCCUCUAGUCCAACCCCUGCCACGAGCAGGGACAGCUUCAGCUGGACCAGGUUGCUCCUGGCCUUGAGUAUUCCCAGGGAUGGGGCAUCCCCCACCUCUCUGGGCAACCUGUGCCAGUGUGACACCACCCUCAUUGUAAAAAUUAUCCUUAUAUCUAAUAUACCCUCUUUGAGUUUGAAACCAUCAGCCUUUGUCCUAUCCCUGCUGAAAGGUUUGUCCCCAUCUUUCUUUUAAGACUCCAGAGUGGGAUGGAGGGACAGGAUCAGGGAGCUGCUGAUCACCACCACAUCACCACUGAUCCUGGAUGGAGGCAUGUGGCUCUCUAAAAAUGCUAGAACAAUUGCAGGUGGGGUUUAAUGAGAUUGGUGGGGCCAUACACUGUAAUAUUCAUCCAGAUCUUGGCCCUGUUUAGCCCUAAUUUGGUUCCUGUGAGCAUUAGGUGUGGGAUUCUCUGAAGGGUGCUCCUAUACAAAGGCAAAUUUCCAUUCUUAAAAAAAUAAAACUGCUUCAAACUAGGGAUUGGAUGCUAAGAGGUGAUUUUAGUGCAUUUCCCAAUUGGACUGGAGCACAUCCUUCAGCCCCAGCCCCUUUUGCUGCUGCUGCAGAGCUGGUGUGAAAAGCCACCCUGGAGCAGUUCCAGUGCCCUCCGAUGGAGAGAGCAGCGCCCUUGGGAAGGGUAUCCUGGGCUCAGGGCUCUGUUUAUUCAGCACCCGGUGGUGCUGCCACUGUGGGUGACUCUGUUUGAGACUGCCAAACCUGCUGAGAUAAAAACUGAGGUACAACAGGCCCCUUCUCCCCAGCCCAAACCCCUAAAUCCCCUCCCCUUCCUAACUGUUGGCAAACCUUUGAUCACCCCCCUUUCUCUGCUGUCCCCAUUCCUUCAGAAAUUUUGAAGCACAAUUUUACCUUUGAACUGAGGGAAAAAUGUAAUCCUGCAAUAGACUUGGAUAUUUUUAGCCCUAACACAUAGAACUAUUAAAAAUGCUCUGGGUUUGAUUGUUGGCUUCACGGUGCAGAAGUCUCCCCUUGGACUAAUGACAUUGUGUAUUUCCUGAUAUUUCAAAGGAAAAUAUUUUUUGUAAGUUAUUUUCUCCCACUGUAUAUCAGAACCUUUGGGGAAAAGUCACAUUCUUUAGCUCCCAGCCACAGAAGCCUUUACAAAAAUGUUCCUUUUAGAUGCAAUGGCUGAAGCACUAUUUGGAAAAAAAAGUGUUGGAUGCUGCUGGCUGCUCUAUGGGAACAGGGAUUGUUACCUUGGAUUAAAACUCUGCACUCAAGUAGAUUUAUUCUGUUACUGUACUGGCCUUCCAAGUUCCCUUCAGUCUGCAAACCCUACAGUGGAAAGAGACAUUUUUUCAAGGACUACCAAGUUUUCAUAGCGUUGAAAUAGUUUCCAGCUGAUGUCCUCUCUGAGCUGCAUGUUUUGGUUCACUAAUCUGAAUUCCAGUCCCUGCUGGGUUCCAACCUUCCCUCCAUGGAAGGAAAUAACUUUUAGAAAAUAGAAAAGGAACUUUAAACUUUUAACUGAACACAGCCCUGCACAUUUGCUCUGGCCACAGGAGCCUGGGUCCUUUCAGUGCCCCAGAGCUGCUGUGGCCGUGGGGAGCAGAGAUAGGUGUGACCACACCUGGCCAGGACAUGGGGUGUGUUCCAGCUGCACUGUCUGUUCUCAGUUUUAAACAAACUGUAUUUAAAUUUGUUAAAUAAAAUGAUGGUUUCUAAGAGCCAGAAUAGCCUGCACCUCCCUUACAGACACAGCCUGGUGUUUCUCUCAGAGUGCUGGCACAGAAAGCAGCGACUCCUUGGAGGUUCUGAAGGAUUCACAGCUCAGGUUUGAUCUCUCCCCUAAGGAGGCUGCAGCUCCUCUGUGCCUUGGAGCUGGUGAGUUAAAAAAAGUCUUAUUUACCUAAAUGCCGAGUUUCUGUUUAGAGGGACAAAAAGAAAAAAGAAACCAGGACCCAAGAUCCCACAGCAGCUCUAAGGAGAAAGCAGGGAUGAGUUUUCCCACUUGAGUGGGAGUGAGUUUUCCCUUUGCUUCUACCCCAGCCAAAGUCUGAUUCCUGCUCAUUUUCCAAGGGGGAAUUUCCUCUUGAG